UACAUCCUGGGCGAGCUCGCACUCCAGCUUGGCGUUCAGUGUGGUUCGGACGCUCUGAUCCUGUCCUCCGGUUUCUUUUGUUUUUGUUUUCCCGACACUAAGCAGCCAUGGAUGCCAUCAAGAAGAAGAUGCAGAUGCUCAAGCUCGACAAGGAGAACGCCUUGGACAGAGCUGAGCAAGCCGAGUCAGACAAGAAGGCAGCUGAGGACAGGAGCAAACAGCUUGAAGAUGACCUGUUAGCACUGCAGAAGAAACUGAAGUCAACUGAGGAUGAGUUGGACAAGUACUCUGAAGCCCUGAAGGAUGCCCAGGAGAAACUGGAGCUGGCUGAGAAGAAAGCCACAGAUGCUGAGGGCGAUGUAGCUUCCCUGAACAGACGUAUCCAGCUGGUUGAGGAAGAGUUGGACCGUGCUCAGGAGCGUCUGGCCACAGCUCUGACCAAGCUGGAGGAGGCGGAGAAGGCUGCUGAUGAGAGUGAGAGAGGCAUGAAGGUCAUUGAGAACCGGGCAAUGAAGGAUGAGGAGAAGAUGGAGCUGCAGGAGAUCCAGUUGAAGGAGGCCAAACACAUUGCUGAGGAGGCUGACCGCAAAUAUGAAGAGGUGGCCCGUAAGCUGGUGAUCAUUGAGAGCGACUUGGAACGUACAGAGGAGCGUGCUGAGCUCUCUGAGAGCAAAUGCUCUGAGCUCGAGGAGGAGCUGAAAACCGUGCAGAACAACCUGAAGUCGCUGGAGGCUCAGGCAGAGAAGUAUUCACAGAAGGAAGACAAAUACGAGGAGGAGAUCAAGGUUCUAACAGACAAGCUGAAGGAGGCUGAGACCCGUGCUGAGUUUGCUGAGAGAUCAGUCGCCAAGCUUGAGAAGUCCAUUGAUGACCUUGAAGACCAUCUAUACAAGCAGCUUGAGAAAAACCGCCUUCUGACCAAUGAGCUGAGAGUAGCCUUAAACGAGGCAUAAACUGGAGUGGGCUCAUGUAUGCUUUUGUCUAUUGCUGUUAUAGAAAAAAAGCAUAGACAGUUGUGUCCACGACACAAAACUUAAACCACCGUUUUGUUCACCAAACGGUAGUACAGAUGGAAGAAUUUCACAUUAUGCAUGUUCAAACAGCAGAUUCAGAGGUUCGAUGACCUCAGGUGAUGAAUGUGCGGAGAAAAUAUUUUCUCAGUCAUUUUCAGGGCUGUAGCUCAUGUGUCCAGUUGAGAUCUAUGCCAUGCUGCUGUUUGGUGUGAAGGCUGGUCAUGAUAUUUGAAGCCCACAGCUGAGGAAAAUGUUUAAAUCCUGUAAGUGGUCCAGAAUUCCUUCUGUAUCUCAAAACCCAUGUCCAUGUAACCCAUGCAAAACAAAUAUUAACUCAGAAAUAAGAAGUGUUCAUAGAUAAACUCCUAGUAAAAUUACGAAUUUGAUUUAUUUAUAGCAAAUUUGACUUGUUUUGUUAGGAUGCUAUAACACAUGUUUGAAGUGGUUCAGGACCCUCUGAUCCUAGAGCAUAUCAGAGUGAGUUUGAUAGACUGCUGUUCUCACAAACACAUUUUGGCAGAGCUUAAGAUGUGCACUGAUCAGAUCUGUGUAUUUUUGUCUGUAAUCAUGCCAUCAAGGUAUGGAGGAAAAACUAAAUCUACAAAAUAAGUUUCACCUCACAUUAUUUAUUGUUCAAAAUGAAACCAGAGAUGCAAUGAGCCACAUUGGAGCAGACGGACACUUUCUGUGGGCCAAUGAGUGAGUUGGCCCACAGAGCUGCCGGCCUGAAUUACUUAAGUACAGCUAAAGCUUUGGAGUAAAGAUAAAAUAAAGGCAGAAUUUUACUUAAGGGAUCAUUUAAUUUGGGGUCAGAUUUAUGAUCGUGUCUGUUUUUGUGUUGACCUGUCACUGUGUUGGUGGGUUGUUUGAACUUGACACUAAAACUAUGAGCAUCAUUUAAGUCUGUUUUCAAACCAUGGACUUGGGGAAAAACAUUGGAGUUUGUGCCGUUCUUUAGUCCUAAACACAGCCCAUGCAGCCAUGGCUAUAGCCCUGUCUGUAGACUGAACAUAAUAUUUACAAUAUCAUUUGAAUAUGGUAUACCAGAGUAUAAGGAGUUUGUGGUUUUUGCUCAAUGUCUGAAUUGAAGUUAUAGAUUUGCUUACUGAAUGCUAACUUACACAGCUGAAAUUUCUCCCACUCAAAAGGUUUGCAACAAUAUUAACCAUAAUUAGAGCUUUUGUCUGUUAUCGUUUGAAUGUUUCCAUUGUUGGUUCUAUGAUUGUUAACCAUUGCAAUGCUGUAAUUAACAGAUAAACUCAAACGUGCUAAAGAAGACGGCCUGAACGUAAAACAGCUGCUGGAUCAGACUCUAAUGGAGAUGGUUAACAUUUGACCCACCUCUGUUCUACUCCACACAUUGCCUCACCUGCGCUGAAUGUGGCUGGCUGCCAUAAACAGCUACGACAGAUAAUGUGUGGAGUUGUGUUUAUACGUCUCCUGACCUUGUCGUCCUGAAGAACCAAGCUCCUCUCAAGGUAGCACAGCAUCUAUAGCUACAGUCAAACUACACUGUUUUUGUCUGGAGAAUUAGCACUUUUUUUGGGGGGGAAAAUACUGCACACAACCAUCAUGAACAAAACCACUGGUUCAGCAAGGGUUUCAUAAAAGUUACUUUUAUUAUGUGUACUUCUGAAAAAUUGCUAUUGUAUUUGUGUUUCUUCUGUUAUUGCAAACAUUUAUUCAGUGUUAGUGAUGUUGUGCACUUGGCAAGGAAUAAAUUCUUAGCACAGUUGCUCAAAUGUACUCUUCUGUUUCAGCUGAUUGAAAGAAUGUGCACUUUUCUCCCUUUUCACUGUUCAUUUUGAAACUGUUCAUUUCAUGUUUGUCCUUCCCAUUUUAUCUUGGAAAUGUAAAGAUCAUAAAUAAAUGGUUCAAGUAUAAUUUA